GCUGUUAACAGCGCUAAGCACAGGUCGGAUGUGUCCUUGGCUGGUUUAUGGCCUUUAUUCCUUGGGAACUGAUCCUUUUUGUUACCUGCUGGAGCACAGAGGAGAAGAUUCAGCCUCUGGGGGAUAUUCUAGGAGCUGCUGGACAAGGGGGUUGGGGUGGUGUGCGCGGCGUUGGCCUUAGGCAGUGCAAAGAGCUGCCUUGGAGAAACCAGCCCGAAUCACGCUGCUACUGUUCCGCAGGGUCUCCCCCUCCUCUCCGGGGUUGGACACGGCCGGUGGGAGGGAUCUGUGGCUGUCAGCAAGAGGAGAAACAAGAGAGCAUGUGAGGGAGCGGAGCCGGACCUGGGAAGGCAGGAGGGAAGUUCAGUUACUGCCUUGGAAAGCAGGGAAGCUGCUCUCCGUGUGUGCGGGACUCCAUCCCCUCUCCGGAGGAAGGUGGGAACUGUGGCAGCAGCAGAGGAUGGCUCCAUGGAUGCAGAUGGGAUAAAGGAGCUCUCUGCCUGCUCUGGGAGCUGGAAUGCUCCAUGCACGGGAGAGUCUUUUCUCUUCCCGGGUGCUGACUUUCAUAUUGCCUUGUGAAGCGGAUCACAACUCCAAACCGGCUCCAGACCCACAUGAGGCUUCGCUGCUGGAGGGAGCCCGGGUCCUGUGAGCCACCGGCUCUUUGGGCUCUGUCAAGAAGCAAAUGCCAGAAGGAAAAGUCACUUCUGUGCCCUUCCCUGCGAGCAGAUGAGCAUCGGAAGCCAGGUCUGGUUUGGGGGACAUCCCGGUGACAGCCUGUGCUGUAAUCACUUCCCAUGGACCCAGGGAACUUGCUGAGCUGAACGGUGCAGGAGCAAGCAUCCAGGAAUGAUGAACCUGCCCUCCCUGUGCAAGAACUCCCAUGUGCUCCUAUAGCAUUCCCUUUGGAAGAGGAGCACACCAAUGAGCUGGGAGCAGGAGUGUCCUCUGAGGAACAGGAGAGAGGGCUCCGAGGUUUUCCAGGCAUUGGAAGCACUGUGGGUGCGAUGGGGUCUCAUGCAGCAGCACUGGUGUUCAUCCUGGCCCUGCGAGUGUCCUCUCUUGCUUCUGGGAGCAAGCUCCAGCCCCAUAUGCCGAACGUCUGCGCGGAGCCGGAGGUGCUCAUCGUGGGGCAGCGGCAGCCGCGUGUCCAGGCCUUCACCCGCAGCGUCCAAGUGUGGAAGCCGGACUGCGGCGCCCGGCGGCGGUGCGCGGGCUACGAGCGCAGAACUGGCUAUUACACGGGCUACAGGCAGGUCUACAAGGUGAUGUACCAGACCACGUACAAGUGCUGUCCAGGGUGGUCCCAGCUUGGAGGUGAUGCCGGCUGUCUCUACCCUGCCUGUGGUUACGGGGUUUGUUUCAACGGUGGGAACUGCGCAGAGGGAUCAUCGCAGCUCUGCCAUUGCUCCUCUGGCUUCCAAGGACCCCGCUGUCAGUACGCUAAUAAACCCUCAGUUGAAUCUGGAAGCCCUCCACUCAACCCCAGAGCAGCAGGCGGCCCCGCAUGGUGAUGCCAAGAAGUCCCACCAAACUCCAUUCUCCUCCAUGGACCGUCUCUCACAGGCUAGACACUGGGGCUGCUGGCCUUUAGCUGCUCUCUGAAGUAACAUCGUGUUGGUUUGCUUUCCCUUGAUGCUGGGCCACGAGCUGAAAAGCCUGUCAUUUAGGACACUGUCAUUGCUGUUGAGGUUUGCCUUGCACAUCACUGUGCAUGUCAUUGGCCGGCCGGCUCAAUUGUGGGUGCACACAGGCCGUGGCUAUUGGUAGCUUUGCAGUGGAUGUUUCUCACCCUAAUAAGUGCAUCUCCCUUGCUCGGGCGCCUUCAUCCAGGCUUCACAAAGAGGUCUUGUAGGUGGCAGUGAUUUAACUCUUACCGCACUGAUUUGAGGUGGGACCCCACUGCAAACAGUACAAAUGAACAGUGACAACAAAGAUGUAGAAACCCCCAUAUUUGCCAAUUAAAAUAGUGAUUCUUUUUCUUUAGAGAUUUAAGGGCUUGCUUAAAGGCUGGCUAGAUCACAACCAGAGCUCCAAAGCAGUUGUUUCGAAUCCACGAUAAUGGAGGUCAGUCAUGCUGA